AAAAGUAGUACUACCUACUGUAGUGGUAGAUAGUAUUUCAAUACAGUAUUCGCAAUAGUACUUGCGAAGAAUUAGUGGUGACUCUUCUUCCGACGUCCCGUGGAUCGUCUCAUCCAAAGAAUACGCUCGGCUGCGUCAGUUGUCCUGAACCAUGCAGCCUUGUAGCUCGGUAGAGGGCUCACAUGUCACGCAGCCGCUGUUUGGAGGCGCUAUCGCAUGUGAUUUGCCCGCAGGAUGGAAAGAUCUCUCCGAUGUGAGGCCCAUUCCCGAUAACCAGGAGUGUUUUCAAAACAGUUUGGUCGACGAGAAUCCGAUCAUGUUGGUAGUCGAGAUAUUGGAAAGGCAGGAACAAAUAGGAGACCAGGAUGCUGCGUCCUUCUUUUUCAACGAAUUAGCGGAGCGGAACGAUGUUCUGCAAACGAAGAACGAUAUUCGGUUUUUCACAUUAGCAGAGCCUGUUUUGGCCACAGCCCUCCUCGGCGAUGCUUCAGUCGUGGCCGGUACAAAUACAGUUCUUACUUGUGCUGGUUAUGGUUAUCAAAAAGUUGCGAUGGGACGAGAUUAUGACAAUGCAGGAAACAGUCGUCGAGAAAAUCAGGAAGUAAAGUGCAUAAGAGUAGAUUUAUGUGUCCUACGACUUCAAGCACAAGAGACAGAUCUGCUGGUCACCAUAUCCAGACCUGUCGAUGACAUCAAUUUGAACGAAGCGUCUCUGGAUUCUUCGUCGGCAGAAAGCGCAAUCCUUAGUCAAGUCAUCUCGACAUUUCGCAUUGAUAACUGGGGAUUGUUCGGUUGAACAGACCAGUUGGUUCGGUGUAUCUAUUCGUGUGUAGCCUCAGAAACACCACCUGAUACUUCGUCAACGUCUUAAAGUCUUCUAAAUACGCGCCUGUCCAGAAAAUAGUCAAUAUCAGAAGGGCUCUCAUCGUCACGAAGCUGGAAGAUAGAUUGUUCGUAAAUCUGUAUCUGUGUACCAGAUACGCCAGCGGCGAGUAAAAGGGUCAAAAUAUGUGUUCACCUCGUGGCCCAGAAUGGUGGAAUCGUUGCAAUAUUUUCUGUUGUUUUGAUUCCGAACAUGUUCUCUUUCCUCCAAGAAUCGUGCUCGCAUUCGAUGCAGAGUACCUCCCCCGUUUGUGAUACUCUUGUUUCCCGUUCUAAUUGGUGCCCCUAAUCGCCUUCUUCGAACGUUCAAUAGUUUGUCUUCACCGUCCUCUAGUCGCAGAGGGAGCCGGUGUGAUUCAUCGUUGUCGUCACCGUCGAUUUUAGUGUGUGUGGUGGGGAAGAGACCACAUUCA